UGCUAGAGUGCAGGUGCAGAUGCUACUCCAAAAAUAAGCCUAUUAUAGUGAUAAUGCCCUUGGUGAGUGUUUAAGGUAAGAAACACUUUAGACUCUUCUAACAUCUCCAUUUGUAUAUAGGCCUCAGUUUAGUUCACUUUGCUGAAGUGUUUUCUUCCAAAAAGGUUUGCAAAGAUGUGCUCAAUUCUGGACAGAAAGUAUUGAUCUACUUUCAAAACUGGUUUGAUGAUGACCAUAAAAUCACCACAGAUCCUGACAAACCUAUCCAUCCUGGCUACUGAGACCACUGUUGUCCAUGGACUCCACUUAACCUUGGAAAGAAUUUCUUCAGCUUGAUCAUGAGAUCUAGCUCACUCUUUUAUCACAGAUGGUAUAAGGAACCAGACAGGGUUUGUAAAUUUAACACUAUUUUACCCUUGAUAGUUGAGUUUUCUAAUGCCAUCCCUGAACACUGCUGUAGUAUUAUCCAGUACCUUUCUUAAUUUGCUUUCAGUUGACUCUAUUGCAGGGAAUAUGGCACGCAAAUGGUGGAUGGAUCUCCACUCAAGUUAUCUCAUCCACUCACGACCCCACAAUGCUGGUACUCCUGAUUUUCUACAUACAAGCCAAUACGAAUGUCAUUCUCACAGGAGUUACCUUUUCUCCAGUGAUGGAUCCUUUGAGAUGUUAACACCCAGGAACCUGAAGCUGCUCACCCUUUACAGUACAGAUCUCUCAAUAAAACUGGUCCUAAUCCAUCGACUCAUGGAAACAAUUAAAAUUCAGAGAGAAUUUAACAAUGUUGUUGUAAGACUGCUAAUCCCACCCAAGUGUAAAAGAGGGGGGGGGGGGUUCUUCUUUUUCUUUGUUACUGCAUAUGUUAAUCAAAAUGGCUUCUUUGUUUUGUUAAAAGUAGGAAUGCUUCUUUGUUGUGAGAGAGUGCUGGAAGCUUAUUUGGGUUAAAAUUUACUGAUAACGAGAAUUGUAUUCCUUUGUAAACCAAUUGGGGUUAAUGGUGUUCUUUCUUCUGAGUCUGUAAGCUAUUGUUGGCGGGCUUUUGGGGAGAUCUGCACAAGGAGAUGAGAGGGAGAGGACAUGAUGCUGUAAACUGGGCGAGGAACAGACCCCAAGCAGGGGUCCGAGGCCAGGAGGUACCCCGAGGAGAGGAGACGAAGAUAGAUGUGCUUGGUUGACCACUUCGGGUGGUCCUGAGCUGCGAGUCGAGGAGUUCAGAGGGGAUCGAAUGGUGGCUAGAAGACUUCAGUAAUUGAGCUCCAAUCGUUGUGCACAAAGUGGUUUGGACUUUGAUAAGUUUGGCGCCUUUUCUUUAUUUUCUUUUCCUUCAUGUAUACUGUAUCAUUAUUAAUUACUUAGUUAUAGUAAUCUUUAUAAACUGUAAUCAUUUAAUCGCAUAUGGUGUCCUGUCUGUUCUUUGGCGAGGCGGGGACAUCACACAGCAUCCACACAAGCUGAUUACCCAGUUUAGUGGGGCUGAAGGCUGCUACUCCUAGACGAGAACGAGCUGAGCAAACCUGAGGCGACCCAGGAGAUUACAUUGUGGGAGCUCGUCCGGGAUUGAUUUCUGUGGAAGCUGUGUGAUUGCCCUCUUUAAGUUAUGUCUGUGGCGAAGAGCUGGUGUGCCUUUGCGGGUGUACGAUUGUUGGUUAUCUCUGCAUGUGUGUUGGGUGGGGUGGCUGUUGGUGCCCCGGAGGGCGUUGUUUGAGUUCCGACUAGCGUUGACGAAAUGGUGGUGGUACGGCCUGGGGGAAGUAUCUGAGAGUGAGACCCUCUUAGUGGAUGCUGCGAAAUACCACAAGGGAGGGGAGUUGACCGCUGAAGACAACUCGGUGACUGGCCCCUACAUCCGUGGAAGACGUAGGCAGCGUGUGUGUGGAUUAUAUUGCGCUGAAGAGGCACACUGUCAGUGACCAGAAUAUGGCCCUGAGGGCCGAAGAGGCAAUGGCCUGUCUGAGUGGUGCGAAGAGGUUUAAGGUGCUGGAUCUGAGGAAUGGAUGUUGCUAGAUCCCAAUGAGUAGGGCCGACAAGGAGAAGACAGCCGUUAUAAGUUCCCUAGGAGUCUUCGGCUCCGAAAAAAUGCCACAGGGCAUAUCUGGAGCCCUUGCAACCUUCCUGCGAGGCAUGUGGAAGACCAUGGGGGAUGUGGGGGCAUUUGGAGUUUUGGCGUAUGUGGAUGAUCUCCUGGUAUUUGGAUUUGCCUCGGGAGAAUAUGAAGUGAGGUUGUUGCAGGAGCAGCUGAGAACUACAGAGUUAAACUGUUUUCUGGACACGUGUCAGGGCUGGUGAAGGUCACAGCUCGUGAGUGACUGUCUCUACGGAAUCAAGUUUGAAAUGAAGAUGGAGAGACUGGAGAGAGUGAUCUGGAACCAGUGGGAAGACUUACAAGUUGGGGAGAACGAAGAAAUUUGUCUGACUGAGGGCAACAGCAAACUGAGAGCCUGGAGAGGGGAAUUUGCAGAGGUGAAGAAAUUGCGGACAAAUCUCGGAAGAGGGGAGCGGAAGCUUGAAGGGAACCUGAAGAUGACCUUUGACAGUUCAAACAAAGUGCAAAACCUGAAAGUUGAUCUGGAAGAAGUCAUGAGGAAGGAAAAGCUGGAGAUAAGUACAGUGAAUACUGAACUGGAGGCUGACCAAUCUUUAACUGCUGCUUUUCAGGUCGGGGUGGAAGAAGCUGUUGGAGUAACUGCGUCCCAGAUUGAGAUGGCCGGGACGCGUGAGUCAGAACUGCUGAGCCUGUGGCGAGAGUUGCAGAGGCCAGAGAAGAAGCUGAUAUCUCGAUUGCAGGAGGCUGAAGAGACUGCAGGAGCAGUGCAGGCCACGUGUUUCCAUUUGGAGAAGAUCAAACAGCAGCUACUGAUCACAGAAAUGAGGAAGAAUACGGAUUCGAAGGAUGAUGUGCUGGAUGUGUGGUACAUGCUGCCUUUUGCUGACUUUCCCUCGAUUGAGGAAGAGACCUUUGACCCUUCUAACACUGAGUCAAGUGUAGUGGGGAUGGUUAGCUGUGUGCAGUGGGGGGGCAUGAGUAAGAGGUUGAGAGAGGAGUUGGUAGCAGGCCCGAGGUAUCCCCUGUUGUGUCUGAGCCUGAAGGGUUUAGGCUUAGUGAUUAAAGGCAAUUUACUCUCAACUGAACUGGCAGUUUAUGUCUCCGGCUUCAGCCGUUCAGUGUGA